AUGGACACCAAGGUGCUUACCGUGUCUGUCGAUGCCUCUCAAUUAUCAAGUAAUCUCCAAGAAGCUCAACAAAUGGAAGAAGUGCUACUAAAUACUAACGAUUCAGAGUUGUAUUUAAUAUUACCCGACGCCAUUCGCAUCGUUAAAGUUCUUAGUCGUGCAGCGAUCAAAUACGUGGCCGUGGCAGCAGCAGAUACACAAAAUGUGACAAUAUUGGUAGCGCUGGACGAUACUUUGCUGCCAAUAGUGCGUUUAUUUCAAGCACUAUUGGAUAAAUUGACAUGUCAAGAAUUGCAGGAUGACAAAGAGCUGCGCCGUUGGCUACCGUUUGUACUAACGACCUGUUAUUUUCUGAAUGGAGCAGAAUUGCCGGGUGCAGACUUGAUGGAGAGUGUUGUGCUUGCUAAUAAAGUACUAAACAAAGCUGCAGUGCUAACAAGAUCGAAAGAUCGACAGAGUUUAGUGGCAAAAUACGUUGCGGAGAUGGUGGCACUAUGCACUCAUAACGUUGACAAACAGGAGUGGGUCGCGGUGACGUCAGUAAACAAGAAAAUAAUGCUGCGUGUGGUCGAGCAAGUGUCAAUUCCGUAUCUUGGUGGUGAUCUGCUGGGCCGUCUCCUGGCACUUACGUUCCCGUUGGUGGAUGAUCUAACUGAUUCCACACAAUUCAUUGGAGCUAGAAUGCUACGUCACAUUAUCAAGAAUGUCACGCCUACAGAACUGCGCUGGUACUCGGACGUUCUACUUGAGGUACUUCAUACUGCUAUUGUUUCUCGCAAGCCAGAUACGCUUGAUGUGCUGCUUGAGUGUCUUGUAGAAUCUCUGGACAUAAUAUCUUCCCCAAGCGAGCUUAAACACUAUGACCGAUUCAUGCCGCGGAUACUUAGUGACACAAGUUUGUGCAGUGAUGUGACUCUCCGAAUUGUCUUUGUGCGCCAUCUCCAUAUGCUAGUAGUCCGUCAGGGAGCACCGCACAGCCUCAACUUAAUCCGUUACCUGCAGCCGCUGCUAAAAGUGUUAGUUGCAGGAUUUGAAAGCGUCAACGUUGCACUUCUAGUGGAGAAUCUUAAAACCUUACGAGAAACUGUGCUUGCUGCGUGGCCUCGUAUUGCACCACAUACCGAGCAGAUUCUGGUCGGCGUGCUACGUGUUGUGGCUUUUUGCGUGUUGUUUGAUGAAGGUACUGACUUUACACCAAGCAUGAAACAGCAAGAGCAGCUCCUUGCACAGUGCGAAGACGUCAUGGACUUGCUUCAUCAAGUGAACGGUGCGAAAUCCGUCGUCAGUGAUAUGCUUGAACUUGUAAAAACCCAGAGCUUAAAGCUAUCACCUUUCUGUAAUCGUAUGCAAGCGAAGUGGGUGACUAGGUAG